AUUAAAACCAGAGACUAACGAACUUCAAAAAUAACACUUGACAAUACACCUCAUCAAUCGCUGCUGUCAUUCUUGUGUCGUCUAUGAUCUUUCUCUUUCCUUCAACAAACAAGCAUUCCACCCAUUUUUGUUGAAGUUAAAAUUGUUUCCAAUUAUAAUUAGAAGCAAUGACUUCAAAAAGUGAAAAGGAUCGAGCCAAACAAAUCCAGGAUCGAUGUCAGAAUAUCUUAAUGCAGAUGCUGAAAGAUGACGACAAUAAAUAUUGCGUUGACUGUGACGCGAAAGGUCCUCGCUGGGCGUCAUGGAAUCUAGGCAUAUUCCUGUGCAUCCGAUGUGCGGGCAUCCACCGAAACCUAGGCGUACACAUCUCCAAGGUGAAGAGCGUCAACCUGGACUCGUGGACGCCCGAACAAGUUGUAUCUCUUCAACAAAUGGGCAAUUCAAGAGCUAGGGCAGUGUAUGAGGCAAACCUUCCUGACUCAUUCCGGAGACCGCAGAAUGACUCCUCUCUGGAGGCCUUUAUUAGGGCGAAGUACGAACAAAAGAAGUAUAUCGCCAAAGAAUGGGUCCCGCCGCCCACGCCCAAGGUCAAUUGGGACAAAGAGAUUGACGAAGAAAUGGAUAGACUGAAACGGAAAAAGAAGACCACCACCACAUCCAGCUUAGGACCGUUACCAGCUCCUACGGCGAGUGAGAAGAAAUACAAUGUUAGUAAUCUUUAUAAAUCGGAUGUCAUACCCAGCAUACCUAAGCCGAAAUCGUCAGUAAGUCCGAAGCUUGGUAGAAGCACUCCAACCAAUCAACCGGACACCACCAAGACUUCAAACGGUUCCACCGAUCUCCUCGGCCUCGAUACGACCAAGCCGGAAGCAAAGCCCAACGACGAUAUAUUCUCCAGUUUUUUCUCCGCACCCCAAGAGAAGCCUGUGGAAACCAAACCAGAAGAACAAAAAUCAGACCUCAAGACCGAAGAAGAGAACUUCUUCAAACAACCAGCACCCACGGAGAAGGAGAAGUCAAAGCUGACCAAGGACAGCAUAUUGGCUUUAUACAGCCAAACGCCAUCAAACACUCUAGUUAACCAAUUCAAUUCGGUGUCCCAAACUCAACCAGCGUAUUCAUUUGGAUCAACGAAUGCUUUCCAACAACCCGCUUAUAACAUUCCAGUACAAAAUGGCAUGCAAUUCAACCAGUUUCAACCUCAAGCAAACCAAUUUAAUCAGACUAUGAAUAAUCAGUUCCAACAACAACCGUUUGCACCUGUCCAGCAACCGGUACAAGGCCAAGCAUUUCCCCAGAACAAUCAGUUCUUCAAUCAGCCGCAACAGAAUCUAAACCAACAAUUCGGUGGACUGAACUUAGGUCAGAGUUUUCCAAAUGCGUUCGCUCAGAACAGUAAUGUGGCCAGUAACUCUACAUGGCAGUAAGUGCUAAACAAAAAUUAGUGUUUUAUUUUCUACAUGAGUUUAGCUGUGUUUGUUUGUAAAUAUUUUUGCAUUGUUGCGUCAAUUCGUUCUUUGCGUCGUGUGUUAUGCAUAAUAUUGGCAUUUGUACUUAGUUUCUGAAUAAAAGUUUCGAAGGCAGUGUAAUUUUAUCAUGAAGAUGUAGUUACAUUUCUGCAGCGGCCAGUAAAAGAGGCAAUGAUAGACGAACGUGUAAAUACACAUACGUAAGUCCAUCAAUGCCUAGUUGUGGCCAAGGCUUGUAUGGUAAUUUUCUCGAAGAAGGUUGUCAAAAUAAUGGUCGAAUUUCCAAGUAUGUUUGUGAAAAAAAUAUUAGGUUUAACGCCACAAAAAAAGGAAUGAAAUGCGAAGAGAAUUGGUGGUAAAGUAUUUAUAAUUUGACAGUUCUCUCAUUUAGGAAGACAAAGGUUUCAAGGUCGUACAACCAAGUGUAAUGAGCUAAAAUUAUGUUACUACUUAUGUUGUGAACAAUGUUAAUUGUUUGCAUACUACCAUAUCUACAAACAAACAUGGACUAUAUACAUCUCAAACGUAUUAUAUUUUCUUUAUGCCUUUUAGAUAAUCUGUUGGAAAUAUUAAAGUCAAAAUCCCGUUCCUACUUGGUUUUACCAGCUAUUUAUUUAGCAAAUAAACAAUUUUUGUCACACCUAUUUCGAUCGCCGCAAACAGAUUUUGGUUAAACUAAACAAACAAUUCUACUGCAAAUAUUUAAUUAGUUGUCUUGCAUGAAGUUCGAAAGAUGAAACAUUCAUUCAGAGCCACCAAUUAGAAAUUAUAUGGAAGCUCUAAUAAAGGCCGCUAAAACAUUGUUUCAACGCGACACGCACACAGACACAACAAAAUAAUUUGACAAAUCAAAUAGCUGCAUUAAUUAGGCAAGAUAAUUAAACAGGACUCCCAACCAAUCCCAUGAUCAGUGUUGAUCGCAUUUAUUCGCCCCGCCCACUUGAUCGCAGUUUGCGUGGAACCACUUUUUGGAUCAGUUCGUAUUCUAUUAUCAUUUCUAAUUCAUUGAUUCUGAUAUUAUGUUCAUGCAUAAUAACGCCUGAGAUAUUCAAAUGACCAUAUAACUUAUCAAAUUUUACGUCGACAAUAAAAAAAAGUUAAUAAAUCACAUUAAUUUCAAUAUUUUACUUUGUGUAAUAAUUAUAAAUAAAUAGGUGUUUAUCUUUCACUUCACGAAUGAAACUACACGUUCGUAAGCACUAUCUAACACUUUCAACGAACUGCACAGUUUGUGUUUAAAAAUGUUAUUAAAAUUUCACAUUUAAUAUUAAGUAGAUAAUUUUAUUUUUAAUAUUUUUUUUAAUUAAUAUCAUGAAAAUGGCUAUCUUCAUUUAAUGAUACUUUACAUAUAUGUACUAUGUUAUUGAAAGUAUAUUUUUUAUGAUUGGUGCAAAUUAUACAUAUUGGGGUUCAAAUCGAAGUUUCAAUUAUUGUAUGCGAUGAACCUAUUUAUGUGUAAGUAUUUAUUGUUUAUAAUUUAACGUUUUUCAACACGCUAUUUUUUUUAUUUUGGAUAUGUGAAAUACUUUUAACUGAUAGAAAUUUUUAUUAAUUUUUAAUUUACUGAAUUCGGAGCUUAUAAUUUGUGAAUGUGAUUAGUAUUUUUUAGCAAUAUGUUAUAUUAUUUAUGUGGCGAAAGACUGAUAUCCUGAUCAGACAGGGUUGUAUUAUGAAUUGGUAUCAUUACAUUGAAUUUUUGUAAAUUGGAAGCAUCAUGCAAUCCAGUCUUAAUAUCGGAUAAUUAGGACGGGAAAAUAUAUAGAUAAUUAGAUUGGGCCGAAAGUCUAGACCAGAGUGAUUCAGUCUUGACACGAUUGCAGUAAUGUAAUAAACGAAUGCUAUAUUGCGACAAGGAUCACUAUGAAUUUGGCGAAAAUCAGAACCAACGCCGCCAUCUUUGUAAACGUCAAAUUUUGUACGUCAUUUACGAGCAUUGUCGCACUGUACUUGAGUGGUGCUGCCAUCUGCUCGUUUUUUUUUGUUCAAUUUUGGCCAAAUAUUAUUUACAAAGCUUUUCUGAGUUUUGGCUGGCCUUUCGGUUUAUAUGUUGCACGAAGCACACAGCAAACAUUAGCGCCAAACCCGGUUUUUUUAUUGUAAAAGAUGACAACCCGAUAUACAGUUUUUAAUAUUUCUCGGACAUUGUUAACAGCUUACAAAAUAUCACUGGAAUGGUACCUGUCUAAAUAAUUUCGUCAAUUUUUCAUUAGUAGUGAAAUAUAAUGCGUAUUUGAAGUUCAUUGUGUUAAGGUGAUAUUAGAUCGCUAUUGAAUCAGUUAUCCAUAGCUGAAGAAACUUUUAGCAAUAUUUUUUAUGUACAAAGUCAAAAGGAUAGGUAAUUCCUCUAUUUUAUUUUAAAUACGGCUAGCGCGUAUCCGUGCCGACAUAAAAAUACUGGUGUCAGGCUUAUAUUAAAAAAGUAAGUCAUUAGUUUUCUUUAAUCUCAUGACGGUUAAAGAAAAGAAAAACUUGUUAGAUUAUAAUUAGAAAUUGUUAAACUUUAACAAAAUGUAAGUAAAAAUUAUCUUUCGCCGUAUAAUAAUUAUGUCUACUUUCGGAUGAUUUUAUAAAUGGUUUUAAAACCUGCACUAAGUCGCCGUGGUGUGGAUAUGCGUUUGCUUCUAUUAUGCUAUCAAUCAAUACGAAAUAGACUGGUGAUAUUUUCCAAUGUUUAACAAGUACACUUUCUUAAAUUGUUUUUUCAUAUAUAAUGAUUCGUGUUUGGUGUAUUUAUUUAAUUUAUAAUAUCUACCUAUCUAAUUGUGAUUGAUGAAGUUGAUAACAUUUUAUAAAUAUUAAUAAUAAUAGAUUUAAUUGUAGGGUCAAGUCAUAUUGGCUAUGCCCCCGAUGGAGCCUGUAUUUCGUUUACACAAAUAAAUAUAAAUGCUAAUUGAUUUUAUUAUAUUUAAUCUUCCCAUUUUGCCAACCCUGGGGCCACAAAAUUUAGUGGUACUGAUCGAAUAGGCUUGCUAUCAGCCUUUUCAAAAAACCAGGACAAUAAGCUAUAAUAAGACAGUACGAAAAAUAAUUUACCAAUUAUUGUUCUGCAUCUGCAUGUGUAUUUUAUAUGAAUAUUAGCAGC